GCAGGUGCCUUUGUGCUGGAUCCCAUGUGUGGGCUAGGAACGAUACUGCUGGAAGCUGCCAAAGAGUGGCCCGAAGCCUGUUACUGGGGAGCUGAUAUAAGCGACGCACAGUUAGAGGGUGCAGAUGUGAAUAUCAGGGCUGCAGGCUUGAUGGAUAGGAUUGAGUUACUUCAGGCUUCUGUGAAAGCACUGCCGUUGCCAUCGGAAAGCUUUGACGCUGUGAUUUCGGAUAUUCCAUUUGGGAAGAAGUUCAAGAUCACAAAAGACAUCGAGCUGCUUCCGCAUGUUCUCCAGGAAAUGGAGAGAGUACUUCGUGUUGGAGGCACUCUGGUGCUGCUGCUGAGCCACGAUCUCCGUCAGUGCGUGGAUGGCAUUGCCAAGUGUGCUGAAAAUGACACUCCUGAUGCCAUUUCUGAUGGAGCCAGUGAAACCGGCACCGCAACAGCCCUGAAUGUUGAUGGGAAUUCUUCCUCAUUGGUGAACGGUGUUGAAGAAUCCUUCCUCAGCAGCAGACAGACACCUUAUGGGCCUCUGGUGCCAGAUGGUGUCUAUGCUGUUAGCCUUGGGAAGACGGAUGCUUUCAUACACAAAUACAGGAAGGUCUCUUCUGCUCCAA